GUGCAGAGGGAGGGAGCGGGAGAGGGGCCUGUUGAGCAGGUCUGUAAUUUGUGUGUAAUUUGACACCGUGCAUCCACACCCAUCCUAUCCAACAGGAGGUGGGUGGUGUUGACGUCUCCUGCGCUCCGGCCAUGGCAUCCCCCCGGCUGGAGACCUUCUGCUGCCCGAACCGAGACGCGGCGACCGAGUUCGUGGUGACCUUCCAGCCGGUCCUGUUCGGGGCGCUGAGCCUGGGGAGCGCGGCUCUCAGUCUCUUGUUUGCCGUUUUGCAACUUCUCCCGAAGCGCAAAGGAUACAGAAGACUCGGGCAGUAUCCGCUGCCGAGGCCCGCGUCUUCCUCCCGGAUACUGGUCAUCAUCAGCGUGUGUGACAUACUGGGGUGCGCAGGUAUCAUCGUGAGGUCAUCGGUGUGGCUCGGCCUGCCGAACAUCAUCGACCACAUCUCGGUGGCCAACAGCACUGAUGUCUGGCCGGAGGUCUUCUGCGUGGGCAGUGCGAUGUGGAUCCAGUUGUUUUUCAGUGCUUCCUUUUGGUGGACCUUUUGCUAUGCUGUGGACGUCUUCCUGGUGGUGAAAACAUCUGCAGGAAUCAGCACCAUUAUCCUCUACCACAUGAUUACGUGGGGUCUGGCUGUGCUGCUGUGCGUCGAAGGCGUGGCCAUGCUCUACUACCCGUCCAUCUCCGAUUGUGAGCAAGGCCUCCAGCACGCCAUCCCUCACUACGUCACCACGUACGCGCCGAUGCUGCUCGUCCUCGUGGCCAACCCCGUCUUCUUUAAUCGCACCAUAUCGGCAGUGACGUCUCUACUGAAAGGACGACAAGGAAUCUACACAGAAAAUGAGCGACGGCUGGCCAAUGAGAUAAAAAUCCGCUUCUUUAAAAUAAUGCUGGUGUUCUUUAUUUGCUGGGUCCCCAACAUCAUCAAUGAGAGCCUCCUCUUCUACCUGGAGAUGCAGACAGACAUCAAUGACAGCAGCUUCAGGAAUAUCAGAAAUGCAGCGCUCAUCACAUGGUUCAUCAUGGGUAUCCUGAACCCCAUGCAAGCUUUCCUCAACACCCUGGCCUUUCACGGCUGGACGGGCUUCGAUGUCGACCUCAGCCUGCAGCGGCGGAGGGAGCUGGCCUGGGACUCGGUUUCUACUUCAGUGCCUAACGCAGCAAGCCAUAAUCCCAUUGUGGGAACAGCUAUGCUCUACCAGAGUCAUGUCCAGGAAGCCAAGAAGAACAUGAUGGGCAACGGACAGCACCACUCGGACGGCAUCAGUGUCCUGUCAGAAGGUUCAGAGUCUAGUACAGUUGAAAUCCACAUUUCCAGCGAGCUACGAGACUAUGAGGAUGUAGACGCUGAUGGAGAAUCCUUGGAGAACUCUGUGAGGCACUAGCUGGGGUGAUCAACAACCCGCCUCCCUCUACCACUUCUCCUGUGUGACACUGUUCUUUUGUUUUAGAUUGUCUCCUCUUAGCCUCUAUUGUGUCGUUUCUCAGAUAUUAACUGGUCAUGAGAUUUCAUGACAGAAUAAGUCUAAUUACUGAUUCCAAGCCUUUUAUUUCUGCCUAGGCUUUUUAAAUCUGUCUGCAGCACAGUGUAGUGUUACAUCAACUGUACAGCAGCUGAACAGUCCCAGAGCUGCUGCAGCGUGUCUUGUAGCGGUCAGUCAACAGAACAAACAUGACUUUUUCUUAUUAAUAACUCACGGGCUGACUUUUAAAAGUGCCUUACGUGCUUGAGGAAAGAUUUCUCCCAGUAAAUUCACUGAACUAGAUGUGCACAGGUUUUGUCAUAUGCACUCUUGCCAUUAAGCUCCCGAAGCCAGCAGGAUGUAACGUAGUUACUGUAUUCCCAACUGUCCAUCUUGUAUUUUUGCACACAUCUAUUUUAUACGAUAUUAAAUAUCCAAAAUAUUUCUUAAGGUUUUGUUGGUGAAAC